AUCCGAAAUUUCCCCUUCCUAAUCCUUAUCUUGUCAUCACCAUUCACCACCACCCUAAUCACACCUUUGUCAAAAACAGUCCAAUGUUCUUUUAUCCAAAAUUAUCUUCUUUUUUCUUUUGAUUUCUGUUUCUUGAAGAAAAGGGGAAAGGGUUUGAUCUCCUUUUCAUAUGUUGCAGCCAUGAGGUGAUGCAAUUCUUCUUAACCAUUUUUUGCAUCACAAGAAGCUUUGUUCUUCUUUCAUCUGCCGGGCUAACCAAAGUCAAAGAGGUUGUUUUAGUAUAGGAUCAAAGCCUUUCGAGAUGGCAUCGAACAAUAAGAUGAAGGGCCUUUUAAAAGGCCUUAGAUACAUUUCUGAAAUAUUUGAAAAUGAAAAGGAGCCUGAAAUGCAGAUUGGUUUGCCAACAGAUGUAAAGCAUGUGGCUCACAUAGGAUGGGAUGGUCCAUCAGCAGUAAAAUCUGCACCCAGCUGGAUGAAUGAGUUUAAAUCAUCACCUGCCAAUAAUUGUGAAGCUCGGGAAGAAGAUCAUCGCAAAUCAGUCUCUCAAGAUGGGGUUAACGUAGAAGGUUCGAGGAGUCAAAGCUCAUCAGCAACGGAGAUGGCAGAAGUGCCAAAAUCAUCAAAGCGCAGUUCAAAUUCUUCAACAGGAGAGUCUACAGCGAAGGAAAAAUCAGAUAAACCAAAGCAUUCAAAGAAGAGUACCAAGACCACUUCUUCAAAGGAAACUUCUGAAAACCCCACAAAGCCUAAGAAAAAGCCAAAGGAACCCAAAGAACACAAAGAACCAAAAGAUCCUACCGACUCAGACAAGAAAAGUAGUCGACGAAAGAAAUCCAAAGACUGUGCUGAAGGAUCCUCCAGGCGGUCCAGGACCCGGGACUUGGAUAACGGAUCCGAUUCCGGGUCGGUAGCUGGGAUCCGAGAGGAACGACUAAGUGUUGAUGAAGGGGAAUUCUGAGGGCAAAAUUAUUUUUUUGUUUAAACGUUGGUGACCAUUGGGUUUGGUUGUAUACUGUAAAACACGGAUAGCUACAAGCUAGACUCUCUUUUGCUUUAGUAGAGAAACCAAAUAUACUUGUUUCCCCCACCCCCACAUCGAGGAAAACCCAACCUUUUCUGACAAAAGAAAAACAAAAGCUCCAUUGGAAUGAUAUUGUUGAA